AUGCCAAAGAUUCGUACAAAUCGAUCUAAACCACCACCCGAAGGAUUUGAAGAAAUCGAACCAAUCUUAGAUGAAUAUGCUCGUAAGAUGAGAGAUGCUGAAAGUGCAGAUCAUGAAGGAAAAAGAAAAAAUGAAUCAAUUUGGCCAAUUAUGAGAAUCAAUCAUAUUAGAAGUCGUUAUAUUUAUGAUUUAUAUUAUAAAAGAGAAGCUAUUUCAACUGAAUUAUAUGAAUGGUUAUUAGAAGAAAGUUAUGCUGAUGCAAAUUUGAUAGCUAAAUGGAAAAGAAGUGGAUUUGAAGGUCUUUGUUGCGCUCGAUGUGUUCAAUCAAGGGAUAUGAACUAUGCUGGAUCAGUUUGUAUUUGUCGAGUACCCAAGGCACAACUGAAGCCAGGUACCGUGGUAGAAUGUAUACAUUGUGGCUGUCGUGGAUGCGCAUCAGGAGACUGA